AUGCGAAACCACACCGUAAUCUUGGAAUUCAUUCUCCUUGGCAUCCCCCACACCGAAGGCAUACACAACAUCCUCUUUGCCGUCUUUCUAUCUUUCUACCUCAUCACUUUGCUUGGCAACCUCCUCAUCCUCUCUGCCAUCAUCACUGAUGCUCGCCUCCACACUCCCAUGUACUGGUUCCUCUGCAAUCUCUCUGUGGUAGACCUGGGCUUCUCCUCCAUCAGCACUCCCAAGUUCCUGGCCAAUAUCUCGGCAGGGAGCAGAACCAUCUCCUUAGGCGGAUGCAUGUGCCAGGUCUUCUUCUACCACUUCCUGGGAAGCACCGAGUGCCUCCUCUACACCGUCAUGGCCUAUGAUCGCUAUGCUGCCAUCUGCCACCCACUGAGGUACACGGUCAUCAUGAACCGGAAAGUAUGUGCCCUUCUGGCAGCUGGCACAUGGUUCACUAGUUCGUUCCAUGCCACCAUUUUGACCAGCUUGACCUUCACAUUGCCUUACUGCAGAACCAACGAGGUGGACUACUUCUUGUGCGACAUCUUCCCAGUGGUCAAGCUAGCCUGCGCUGACACCUACAUCAUCGAGACGGUGAGCUUCACCAACAUCGGCGUGGUGCCCAUGGCCUGCUUCUGCCUCAUCCUCACAUCCUACGUCAGAAUUGCCAUCUCGGUCCUGAAGAUGCGCUCGGCGGAAAGCCGGCGCAAGGCAGCUUCCACCUGCGCGUCCCAUUUGACCGUUGUUUGCUUCUUCUUUGGGCCUUGUGCUCUCCUCUACACCCAGCCGUCCCUGAGCGAUGUGCUAGCUACACCCAUCCAGAUUUUCUGCAAUGUGGUCACCCCGAUGUUGAACCCCAUCAUCUACACUCUGCGGAACAAGGAGGUUCAGGCAGCUUUCAAGAGGAUGAAAGGUGCUUAG